AUGGCGGAACAGAAUGUCGACCUCACCGAGAACCUCGGCGCGUCCAUGGUGGGAACCUGCGUUUCAUUGCUCGUUCUCAGCUGGGUCGCCGUCGGGCUACGGACGUACACGAGGGCCAUCUUGAUGAAGAGCUUUCAGAUUGAUGACUGGCUCAUGUUUGUCGCUCAACUCAUCUUUACGCUCACCUGUGCAAUGGUCCUGGAAGGAGUGAACAAGGGUAUGGGAAAGCACAAUGAGGCAGUCACCAACGAAGACGACCGCGUUGCAGCUCUCAUGUGGCAAGCUCUGGCGACGGCCGUGUACAUCCUGGACAUGAUGUUCAUCAAGCUAAGCAUCGGCAUUUUCCUUCUCCGCCUGGCUGUCGGGAAGGUAUACAAGUACAUUCUCAUGGUCAGCUUGGUGGUCAUCGCCCUCUGGAGCUUGGGCAUCUUCCUGUGGGACGUGUUCCAAUGCAAUCCGGUUGCGAAGCAGUGGGACUUUAGAAUCGACCAUGGGCACUGCGCCAGCGCCAACGAGAUCAUAUCCGCAGCGUACGCGCUGAGCGUCAUGACGGUGCUUUCGGACUGGCUUUAUGCCCUUUUGCCAAUUCCGAUGCUUUGGAACGUCAAGAUGACGAAGCAGGCAAAGGCGACGGUGAUUGUGAUUCUUGGUCUCGGUAUAUUUGCAAGCAUUGCCACGCUGAUCCGACUCAAAUACUUGAAUGGGCUGCAGGAGGCAGACGAUUUGCUCUUUACGGCGACGGACGCCAUGAUUUGGACGGUGGUUGAACCUGGUGUUGCAAUCAUCGCCUCGAGCCUGGCAACAAUCCGACCACUCCUUCGAGCAAUGAGGGUCAGCGGCUUCACGUCGACUGACAAGACUCCGAGCACGGGCAUAUCCGGCGGAGGGCGGUACGGGCAGAACAGCCGAAACACGACGACGCGGGGAUCCAUGCCUGGCUUCGGGCCCAACGAUGUCUCACUUCAUCAAGUCGGAUACGGCGCGGAGCCGAGACAGGAAAGCUACCAACCCAAAGGCGUCGGCUUGACGUUUGACGAAUUCCACAAGCAGGCCGUCUCGGGAAGCAAAGGUACCGACGACGCAAGACACAACGACGGCAAGAGCGAAGUUUACGUGAUCGAGGGCAGCAAGAACUCGCCGACGUGGAGCACACAAGACCUCCAUCCGACAAACCGCUCCUUGGAGGACUUCCACGACCUCGAAGAGCAAAGCCAGGGCCUCAGCAUCUCUAGCAGGGCAAGGUGA